GCAGCUCGCUCGAGCGGACCAGCUGCGACCGCCAACUCGACGGCAAGGUCGCGCGCAACACGGCCCACCCACAGCCAUGGCCGCCCCAGUCGUCGAGACGGACCCGGCCCGCCUGUUCCUCCACGCCGACCUCUCGAUCGAGCCCUUCCUCAAGCACGACCUCCAGCUGCGCCUCGACACCGACGCACAACUGUGCCCAGAACACGUCCACUCGCCGCCAUGUCCACGCGGCCCAGCGUGCCCGCUCCGUCACGUCACCCCCUCGCCCCUCAACUUCCAGCCGACGCCGCCCAUCCCGCACUCGCAGCACGCCCGCACCGUGUGCAAGCACUGGCUGCGCGGCCUGUGCAAAAAGGGCCAGCAGUGCGACUUUAUGCACGAGUACCACCUGCGCAAGAUGCCCGAGUGCUGGUUCUUCGCAAAGUACGGCUUCUGCUCCAACGGCGACGAGUGCAUGUACCUCCACGUCACAGAGGACAUGCGCAUCCGCGAGUGUCCCUCGUACCGCAAAGGCUUCUGCCCUCAAGGUCCCGACUGCAAGCUAAAGCACGUGCGGCGUGUCAUCUGCCAAGACUACCUCGUCGGCUUCUGCGCAAAGGGCAAGGACUGCCCGUUCGGCCACCCAAAGUUCGAGCCCGAGCCCGAGCCUCCCCUGUCGUCGACGCGCAUCCCGGACGUGAGCGGCGCGCGGUUCCUGCCCGAGGCCACCUUCCGCCUGUACCGCAAGGACUGGCUCGAGCACGCGGCCGACCCGUCUGGGCGCAGCGGGGCCGGCGGAGGUGGGUUCGGCGGCGGUGCGGGAGGCGGCAUGGGCGGCGGGAGGAGGGACAUGAGCCAGAUCACGUGCUACAAGUGCGGCGCUCAGGGUCACUUUGCCAACAGCUGCCCGAACGCGGGCGGCGGCGGUGGAGGAGGAGGAGGAGGUGGACCUCCAGGAGGAGGAGGGGGCGGCUUUGGCGGACCUCCUCGACGACCGUACUGAGGGCGACGUGGAUCUGGGUUGUGUCGAGACGGGUGUUGUAGCUGUACCAGAGGACGAGGGUGGCAUCGCAUCGCAUCCAUAUCUCACGCCG